AUGGCUACGGUGAGUGGGGCUCUACAGGGCAUGGCAGGGCAGGGCAGGGAGGGGCAGGGACUUGGGUAUGGAUGGGCAGAACUCCGCCGCGUGCCCUGCCAAAGAAGGUUCUCCGCUGGGGUGUUUGAGCGCAGCGCCGAGCCCCCGGUAUCGCCCUCGCCGCGGCAUGGGGGCGAGGGUGGCAGGGGGGCGGCAGGGGGCGGCAGGGGGCUCUCCGUUCCUCGCUCAACAGAUUACGCCAUUUUGUGGAAGCCGGCAAACAGCGGCGAUAAAGGCGGUGAGGGCCGUGUGUGCCCCGCCGCGCGCCUCGACACUCCUCCCGACACGAUGAUCAACAGUGUUCGUCGCUUUCCAGGCAUGACAGUAAGCACACACUCCAAGCGCCGGCGAGUGUACCUUUGGCCCGCCCGUCCCCGCGACUUUGGCCUCUGGCGCGGGGAGGGGCGGGGCGGGCGGCGUGGCGUGGCUGCCCUGCGUGUCUGGGUUAAGCGGGCGAGGCGGCGCGGGUCAAGGGCGGGUGGCGGGGCGGCGUGCGGUCAGGCAGCGUGGUGUGGCGUGCACGGGGUCUUCACGCUAACUCGUCUUCACGCUAACGAGCUCGUCUUCAUUACAGAGGCGGAGAGCGAUGCGCGGGGCCCCAGCAGACCCAAGGCCGACGCCACCACCAACGCGCGCUCCUCAUUCGAGCGUUCCUCCUUCACCAUCUCCUCCCUGGUGGGCCGCAGCCUCUCGCCGUGGGGCAGCCAGGUGGACGACGGCGGACACGACGGGCAGCGGAAGGCCAAGGAGGAAGAGGAAGAGGAGGAGGAGGAGCACAUCGAGGUGGUGGACAGCGUGGAGGAGCCGCCCAUGACAGACUCCCAGGACGCCCAGAGUGACCACCUGAAGGAGGACGGCGACAAGUCCCCGGCGCACCGCCCCCUGUCGCCCUACACCCCGCGGGACGCCGCCAGCCCCAUCGUGACGUCCAGCAUCUUCGAGAGCCUGGCGUCGUGCGUGUCCAAGGCGCCCAUGCCAGAGUUCAGCGUGGCGCUCAACCUGUCGGCCAAGCAGGACGAGGGCACCACCUCCAGCCUGCGGGAGCCCCUGGUGGCCAGCAAGAUCAGCGAGGGCGGCACCGUCGGCUCGCCGCUCUCCCCCCGCGAGGCGCCCACCUUCCCGCACAGCCGCCACUUCCUCCCGUCGCUACCCCUGCACGGCCGCGACUCCCUGCUGGAGAUGCCGCGGCCCCCUAACCUCCCCCUGGGCCUGUACCCGCCGCCUCCGCUUGUGCUCUUCAAGAAGGACGGCGAGGCAUCCUCCUCGGGCCUAGACGCCAACCGCAACAGCUUGGCGGCGGUGUCGUACCCGUCGUCCCUCAACUACUCCUUCCCCUGGAGCAUGACCAGCUCCGAGACGCUGUUCCCCUGGUCCCUGCCCGCCCACGGCUCGCUGCCCCUGGACGGCUCGCUGGUCAAGCCGCUGCCGCUCGGGGACGUGUACUCGUGCAUCAAGUGCGAGAAGAUGUUCAGCACGCCGCACGGCCUCGAGGUGCACUCCCGCCGCUCCCACAACGGCAAGCGGCCCUUCGCCUGUGAAUACUGCAACAAGACCUUCGGCCACGAGAUCAGCCUCACGCAGCACAGGGCGGUGCACAACGCGGAGAAGGUGUUCGAGUGCAAGCAGUGUGGGAAGUGCUUCAAGCGGUCCUCCACGCUGUCCACGCACCUGCUCAUCCACUCCGACACACGCCCUUACCCCUGCCAGUAUUGCGGCAAGCGGUUCCACCAGAAGAGCGACAUGAAGAAGCACACCUACAUCCACACAGGCGAGAAGCCUCACAAGUGCUCGGUGUGCGGCAAGGCGUUCAGCCAGUCGUCCAACCUCAUCACGCACAGCAGGAAGCACACGGGGUUCAAGCCCUUCUCGUGUGACCUCUGCGGCAGGUCGUUCCAGCGCAAGGUUGACCUCCGACGACACAAGGAAACGCAGCACACCGACCUCCGCGCGCCGCAGCCCGUCACUGACCUGCGGCCGCCGGUCAGCGCGGAGCUCAGGACGCAGCUGACGGACCUACGCUCCCCCGUGACCGACCUGCGGCCUCAGCUCACUGACCUCAGGGUGCAGAUGACGGAGGUCAGGCCUCACCUGACGGACGUCAGGUCACAGAUGACUGACGUCCGCUCACCCAUCACCGAUGUGCGGCCAUCCAUGACGGACAUAAGACAACAAGCCCCCGAGGUCAGGUCACCCAUGUCUGAUAUGAGGUCACAGAUCCCUGAGGUCAGGUCGCCCAUGGGAGGAGUCAGGUCACCGGCGCCUGACGUCAGAAGUCCCCCGGCCGGUCACCGCAGCCACGGCGGUGACCAUCACCACGUCGGCGACGUCCGGAGCCAGGUGGCCCAGCACGGCGCCGAGAUGAGAAGUCAGCUGGGUGAGCUGCGGCCCGCCAUGACGGACAUGCGGUCCCAGGCCAGCGAGGCGCGGCCCAAGGCGAGUGACGGCGGGAUGGACCUGCGAGCCACCAACCUCUCGGACUUCCGCUCACAAGUGUCUGAGCUGCGGCCCCAGGAGCUGCGGCCCCUCAGCUAAGGCCGCGGGGGGCGCCGCGUGCCGGGACCGCUACACACGCUGGCCCACCGAGGGACACCGCUGACUGGACCUGACCCGCUGGCGGCCCUUGUGACGCGUCAGUAGCUGGCCUGAGCCGCCGCCGCAACCACCGCCACCGCCACGGCUCUUCUUCCUUGGCACACAACAGUGGAUCUUCUUGACUAAACCUGAGGAAGUCGAGGGACAAGCCCUUAGCCGCCAGGUGGCGCCGAGGCUCCCUCGAGACCAGACUAUAACUACUUGCUGGCAAAAAAUCUCCGGAGCAGCUGUAGCGUGUUGUGCUACGUGGCGAUGACAGCUUAGCGGCAGCUGGGGGCACUGCAGGCCGCCCUCAGGCUGGUUAAGAGCUUUCAACUUGAAAAUUAAACGAAUACAUUUGUUAGUUGACAGUUGGAUGUGUUGUAUUAUUGAGUGUGUGUGACGCUUGAGACGCGAGGCAGGACGCAGCCUUCCUCGCCGAGCCUGGCCGGCCCGCCGCCUGGCCAGGGCCAACAAACUCUUCAUGGCAACUUUGGCCCAACACAUCUACUUUAUACUCUAGUCAUGUAUUGUUUCUGGAGGCUCGAGUCUCAUCUCAUUUUCUAUAAGUGUUGUUACUGCUGGUGCACCGCGGCGUGUAUAUAGUGUGCGGGUCCGGGACGCCGAUCGCGCCCAGCGCCGCUCCCUCCCUCCCUGUGUCACUCACGAGGGGGCGGCGGGCGCCGCAUCGGGAUGGGUCCCCGCCGCCGCCGCUGCCGCAAGACUGCUCUCCGCGGGACCGCCUCCACGCCGGGUGUUGACGCAACACUCUGGGCCACGCCUGGACCCGCCCCGCCCCCACACCCUGAGACUGACCAAAGAAUACACCAAAUUUGUUAUCUUUGCUCUCCUCCCGCGGGCGCCAGCAGCCCGCACCGCCUGCCCUCGGGGGCGGUUACCGGGCUGCCGCCACGCCAAGGUUUCUCCACAACGAAUAUUAGUGUUCAUUAGGACAGUCAUCCCGAGUAACACCCGCUCCUCCUCGACGCUGCCCGGAGCCGCGGCGGCAGGUCGCCGGCGGCCGUUCCCGAUCCCAGUGAUGGAGGCGCCGUGACCCGUGCCGUCACCAAGUAAACAGAAUCGUGCCGCGCCAACACCCGCUCGUCGGGCGUCACUGCUGACGGGUGAAGGCCUCCAGCCAAGGCUCGCCGGCCACUCCGCACGCCUGCGGGCAGCGAUCCACAUCUCGUUACACUUUUACCAUUCGUGUUACCUUCAUUUGUAAGUGUUGCGUCAUCUUUAAAUGUUGCUAUAUUUUAUAACCUCACGCGUCACCCUCGCCCCCCGCCGGGCCGGCCUGAGCCACGGCCGGCGCUGUACCAGACCCUGAAACAGUCACUCCCCAACAACACACAAACCCUGACGCCCUCAAACCCCCGAACCCCAGACGCUUGUAACCCUGGGCCCCGGAACCCUUCAGCACCACGGCCCGAACACCCCCCGUCACAGUCUUCAAACGCCGCUGACCCUCACACUCCUCCAUAAAUCCUGAGCUCCUGAAUCUCCGUCUUCUCAGUGAAACAUUGCGUGUCCCACAGACGCCCUCACCCCCAAACCUCACCCUGCUUCCUUCCCUCGCCCAUACCACUCCUUCCCUCAAUUCCUCUUUCCUCUACCUCAGCCGUUCAGGGUCGGCGACCUCGGUAUAACGGUAAUAAGGCCUCUGAUGUACCCAAGGUCUGUGCCACGGCCAUCACUGCACAGACGAGCAGACGACCAGGAAAGAACGACACAAGGAAAGAUACAUGAAGUAAUAACAACAGAUAAAGAAAGCACACACACACACACACACACACACACACACACACACACACACACACACACGCCGUCAUCCCGUGAGUGUGGUGGUCGUCAGCCCUGAUUGGCGGCCUCCCUGGGCGGGCAUCGAAGUAAUGUCUCCCAAUCUGAUCGUCAUUAGCUCUUCGAUUGCCCUUCCCUGCUUUCCCUCCCUCAAGAUGGUACUCCCUGACUUCGUUCUCUUCAUCACCGUCAUCGAUCUCUUAUUGACUUAUUGUAUCUGAUUAUAUUUAUGGAGAAUACUCAUUUUUUUUGCUCUUUGAUUGUUCAUCCCUGCUGUCCCUCCCUCAAGAUGUUACUCGCUGACUCCGUUCUCUUCGUCACCGUCAUUGAUCUCUUAUUGCGUACCUUAUUGUAUCUCAUUAUUUUCAUGGAUAAUACUCAAUUUUUUACCUCCUAUAUUCCCCGCCUCCCUUUAUCUCCCUACUUCCCUCCCCUCCUAUGACCCUGAAAACUUGCUUCCCACCUAUCCCCUCUUUGUCCACUCUCCAUUCCUUAUCAUGAACCUAUUUUUUCCUUAAUAUACCUCCUCCUCUUCUUCCUCUUCUUCCUAUUCCUCCUCCUCCUUCAAUGUAUCCUUCUCAAAAUAAUCCUCUCCCUUCCUUCUCUCCUUUCCUCCUCACCUCCCUCUAUUUCUCUUUAACAACCCAAGCCAUCCUCAUACUCAACCACAAACCAAUGCGCUCUGUAACUACCCUCCACCCUUUCUGCUUCUUCCUCCCACUCCAUAACCUUCCAUAGUAAUCUUCCUCCUCCUGCUCCUUACCCUCGUCUCCUUAUUAUGUCUCUCUACUCUCAUGCAAUCAACCCCGCCCCCAAAUCCUAUUCAAUGUGCUCCUCCCUUUCCCCUCCCUGUUUAUAUACCCACUACCAACCCAUAUUCAUCCCAACGUAAUCCACCUCCUUACUCUCGUCUCCUUCACAAGUCCCUCUACUCCUAUGCAACGAACCCCGACAUCCUACCCCUAAUAAAUGUGAUCCUUCCCUGUCCCCUCCCUGUUCUCCUACCCGCACCCAUACACACCCACACCCAUAUCCACCCACCCGCACCAACCCCCACUCAGUGUACUCCUUCCCUUCCCCUCCCUGUUCUUUCACCCACACCGACCCACACCCACCCACCUACACCAACCCCCAUUCAAUGUACUCCUUCCCUUCCCCUCCCAUUUCUCCUAUACACCCACCCACCCCCGCCCACCCCCGCCCCGCCCCCCGCCCAAUUAGCUUCUCCCGUAAUCUGUGUCUAGUGCCCCGGUCCGCUGCUGAGCUGCUGUAGAGACACACACGAGUCCUGUAUCCUGCCAUUAUGUAUUGUAAAGAAGUUUAUUAGAGUUAUGAUGCCAUGCGUGUACCUUUGUUUAAUAAAAUAUUACUGACAUGA